AUGAGUAACCAAAAAGGUGUCGCCGAGAACAUGCUCUGGGGAGGCCGCUUCACCCAGGGCCUUGACCCUCUGAUGGUGCAGUACAACAUGUCUCUGCCCUACGACCGUGUCUUCUGGAAGCAGGACAUCGCCGGCUCCAUCGCCUUUGCCCGCGCCAACACCAAAUCCGGCAUCCUCACCCCGCAAGAAUUCGCUGAAAUCGAGCGCGGCUUCAAGCAGAUCGCUGAGGAAUGGCAGUCAAACACCUUUGUCGCCAAGGAGAAUGACGAGGAUAUCCACACUGCUAACGAGCGCCGCCUGGGCGAGAUCAUCGGCAAGGAGAUUGGCGGUAAGCUGCAUACCGGCCGGUCGCGUAAUGAGCAGAUCGCGACGGACAUGCGCCUGUGGCUGCGCGAUGAGCUUCGUCUUAUCGAGAGCCACCUCUGCGAUCUGAUCAAGGUCUCCAUUGCCCGCGCUGAGCAGGACAUCGCCUACAUCAUGCCCGGCUACACCCACCUCCAGAAGGCCCAGCCCGUCCGUUGGUCCCACUGGCUACUGUCCCACGCUACUGCUUUCGCUAGUGAGCUGCAGCGUCUGCGUGAGGUUAUCCGCCGCGUUAACCGCAGCCCCCUCGGUACCGGUGCCCUUGCUGGUAACCCCUUCAACAUUGACCGUGAGGCUAUGGCCAAGGAGCUUGGCUUCGAUGGUCUGCUGUACAACUCCAUGAACGCUGUUGCCGACCGUGACUUUGCCAUGGAGAUGAUGCAGUGGGGUAGCUCUUUCAUGCUCAAGAUCUCUCGCUGGGCCGAGGACUUGAUCAUCUACAGCAGUCUCGAGUUCGGCUUUGUCCGCCUGUCUGAUGCCUACUCCACUGGCUCAUCGCUGAUGCCCCAGAAGAAGAACGCCGACAGCCUGGAGUUGCUCCGCGGUAAGGCUGGUCGUGCCUUUGGCCAAAUGGCCGGCCUGAUGUGCACUAUCAAGGGCCUGCCCACUACCUACAACAAGGAUCUGCAGGAGAGUGUCGAGCCCAUGCUCGACCACGUCAAGACUGUCAGCGACAGCAUCCAGAUUGGUACCGGUGUUCUCUCCACCCUCACCGUCAUCCCUGAGAAGAUGACCGCCGCUCUCGCCCCUGAGAUGCUGGCCACUGAGAUCGCCGACUACCUCGUCCGCAAGGGUGUUCCCUUCCGUGAGGGCCACCACAUCUCCGGCCGUGUUGUUGCUCUCGCCGAGAACACCUCCGUCCCCAUGGACACACUUUCUCUCCAGCAGCUCCAGGAGGUCGACUCCCGCUUCGACGCUGAUGUCCAGGCCUGCCUCGACUACGAGCGUGCUGUCGAGCUGAAGGAUGCCAUUGGUGGUACCAGCAAGCGCGCUGUCCUGGAGCAGACUGCUGUGCUGAAGAACCUCCUGUAA